AUGUCAAUUGCUGUCAACCGCUGGCGUCAGCAAGAAGAAGAUUGUCUUCAUGGUGACAGUGAUGAUGAUUAUGACGAUGGUGGGACUGAUUUUACUGAUCUUACUGAUGGUACUGAUGAGGAGGACAAUGGACAACCACAACAUCAUCAUCAACAACAACAACAUCAACAAAAUGGAAAGAGUCGAAUCUCCGCCGUUUGGACGCAGCAACAAUCGAGCUGUCAGAUUAAAAUUGCCUCCUCACCGACAUCACUGCAUCCAUCGCCCCCAACAAACACUCGUCCCACCUCGUCAAAAAUGGCCUCAACCAAUUCGGGAAGAAGAGACGGAAAUCCCUCGACGUCGUCGUCUUCGUUCACCUUUCAUGUCGCCCGGCUCUUCAAAAACAAGCUCUUUGCACUCUUCGCUACGACGCUGCUAGUGCUGAUCACCUCGGCGAUUCUUCUCUUCAUUAUCGUCACCUACUAUCAGCUAAGUGGUGGUGGUGGUGGUGGUGAAAGUGGAGGAGGAGAAGAUUUAGAUUCUGUUUCGACGGACAGAAUGGAACGAGCUGUUCUAAAUUCGCAAAUUCACCUCUCCUUUGGCUCCAACAUCUACGAGUACGUGGUCACCUGGCUGACCUUCAACCAGACGGCCGGUCCGGCCACCGUCUGGUACGGCGUGGACCGCCUGGAACAAUCGGUCAGCGGGUACAGCACCUCCUUCAAGGACCUGGGCCCGCUCAAGUCAGUCCGCUUCGUGCAUCGAGUGCGGCUGACCGGCCUCAAACCGAACCGGAAGUACUACUACCGCGUCGGCUCCACCGAGAGCUGGAGCCCGGUGCUGCAGUUCAAGACGCUGCCGGAAAGGGAGAUGUGGAUGCCGACGCUGCUCAUCUUUGGCGACCUGGGCAACGGCAACGACCGCACGGUUGCGAUGCUCCAGGACGAGAUUCAGUCGGAGCGGUCCGACUUUGCCAUCCACCUCGGGGACUUUGCCUACAACCUCGAGCACUCCGACGGCAAGGUCGGUGACGCCUUCUUCCGCGACAUCGAGGGGCUGGCCAGCUACCGCCCCUACCAGGUGAUGCCGGGCAACCACGAGGACCUGGACAAUUACACCGCCUACAACUCCCGCUUCAGCAUGUUCAGCGAGGGCAGCGACACCGGCAAGGACCUGGCCACUGCCAUGAACAACUUCUGGUGGAGCUACAACUUUGGCCGCGCCCACCUCGUCUUCUUCACCAACGAGUUCUACUACACGCAGCAGUAUGGGACGGGGGUCAUUCACGCCCAGCUGCAGUGGCUCGAGGAGGACCUGAAGAGGGCGAAUGAGAAUCGGCGGAGCGUCCCGUGGAUCAUCACCCUCGGCCACCGGCCGCUCUACGAUAACUGGUACGUCAAUAAUCGGAUUCGAGUCGGCACCCCGGAGCUGCCCGGCUUUGAGCAGCUCUUCUGGAAGUACGGCGUCGACGUGCAGUUCUACGCCCACGAUCAUAUCUUUGAGCGGAUGUGGCCGGUGUACAAUCGCCGGGUGUACAAUGGCACGGAGAAGGCGGACGACCCGUACUACAAUCCAAAGGCGCCGGUGCACAUUACCAGCGGCUCGGCGGGCUGCGUCCUCGAGCCGGAGGCGCUGAAUCCAAUCGUGGCGGAGUACAGCGCCUUCCGCUCCACCGACUACACCUACAGUCGGCUGACGGUGGAGAGCGAUCGGGUGCUGCGCUUUGUCACCAUCUCGCAGAACCACAAUCGAACGCUGGAUGAGAUUCGCAUCACCAAGGACAAUCACGGGCCGUAUCGCGGUCCUUGA